GUUACUACAGCCUGCCUGCUCGCGAACCACCCCAACAGCGAAAGGCGAGAGAGGGGAGGGCUUUGGUUUCGCCAUCCAGUUCGGCUUCUCCGCACGCAAACCCAAAACCCUAGCGCCAGCCAGAGGCGAGAGCAACAAGGCCUCGUGACCCAGAGACCGGAGUGGAGCUAAGGUCGCCUCCCCCAGCCCGGGAUGGAGAGCCUCGUCCUCGCCUCCUCCUGCUCCGCGUCUCCCCGCCUGCCCCUCCUCUCCGCCGCCAGCCGCCCGUCGCGGCCCCUCUCGGCGGCGCCGCUCUCCGCUGGCGCCGGGCGGAGGGGAGCCAGGCGGCCGAGGCUCGUCGUCUCCGCCGCGUCCCGCGGAUCUAGGAACGUUUCAGAUGGAUUUAACACAAAGGGAUUUGCAAGCAUAUCGUCUUCAACCAGCACCGAGAAUACAUCGACGGGAACUGGCACCGUGCCUCCCAUGCCGCCUCCCUCAUCAUAUAUUGGUUCACCUGUUUUCUGGAUUGGCGUUGGUGUAGCAUUAUCUGCAGCAUUUUCCAUGGUUUCUUCGAUGGUAAAGAAAUAUGCAAUGGAACAAGCAUUCAAGUCGAUGAUGACCCAGGCACCACAAAACACAUUUGGUGCGAACUCGCCAUUCCCAUUCUCCAUGCCACCACAGGCAGGUUCCACGGCACCAAGUAGUUACCCAUACUCAGGACCAAGGAAAAAUACCCCCAAAGGUGCAACUGUUGAUGUUUCAGCUACUGAAGUGGCAGCAACUGGAUCUUCGGAAGCAGCUGAUGUGGCAGAAACAUCGAAGCCUUCAAAGAAAUUUGCCUUCGUUGAUGUUUCUCCCGAAGAGUUGCAAAAACAGAAGGAGCUUCAAUCUUCAUUGCAGACGGUAGAUGUAAAAAGUGAUAGCACUGAAAGUGAAACGAAGGGUGAUACUGAACAAGUAAGUUCCCUUCAGAAGCUUGGUAAUAGGCUCCCUGUACAAUUUGUUGUAAUUAAUACUUUCCGAUGGUUCUUAAAGGUUCCUACAAAUGGUGCUGCUUUUAAGCCGAGUGAAGAUUCCUCUACCUGGACAACUGAAUCCAGUAAAUCAGGACCUAUGCUAUCUAUUGAUACAAUUGAGAAAAUGAUGGAAGACCCAGCUGUGCAGAAGAUGGUUUACCCCUACUUGCCUGAGGAGAUGAGGAACCCAGAUUCAUUCAAGUCGAUGCUUCAGAAUCCGAUGUACCGCCAGCAACUGGAGGAUAUGCUAAACAACAUGGGCGCAUCUCCUGGUCAAUGGGAUAACCGCAUGGUUGAUCACUUGAAGAACUUUGACCUUAGCAGUCCUGAAGUUAGGCAGCAGUUUGCUCAAGUUGGCAUGACUCCAGAGGAAGUUGUAGCGAAAAUAAUGGCGAACCCAGAAGUUGCUGUUGCAUUCCAGAAUCCAAAAAUUCAAACGGCCAUCAUGGAUUGCUCGCAGAACCCUCUGAAUAUUGUAAAAUACCAAAAUGACCAAGAGGUCAUGGAUGUUUUUAUGAAGAUAUCGCAAAUCUUCCCCCAAAUUAAUGGCUAGUGGAUGUGCACCACGGAAUUGCAGUUUUUGAUUUGCCUUGGCCUGUCAUCUCCAGCCUAAGCGGCUGCAGUAGCAUCUGUUAACCGGCUGAGGAACAGAGGAACUUCAUGUGUUCGGUCAUUAUGCGCAAAGAUGUACCCUUGCCGUCAAGGUUUUUGAGUUGCCAAUGUACAUCAUAUGAUCCAGCGUUUCGGUUUGGUUGCGACCAUGCCUAAAGCCAGAGUAGUGAAGUAGCAAAGUUUGAGAUAUAUAUUUACGUCACCGCUCUGUAGAAUUGUGUAGUUGGUGCUUUGACACUAUAUGGUUUGCUGUAGCCUGUAGGAUGUGAAGGUGCCGAUGUAGUUCAUAUCACCUCAAUUUUGAUACACUGUGUUGCCAUGACAAUGCAUGAAAAUGUUGGCUAUGUUGUUCAACUUGUUUAGUUGGAAUGUAGCCCGAGUUCCAUGACGGGUGGAAGUUGCUUUGA